CAAUGAAACACUUCUUAAGUUACCAACGCCUGAUUCAGCCUCUCUUGAUGUCACCCCUGAUUCUCAGUCCACCUAUAUAAAUGGUCCACCUGAAAGACCUACCACCAUGCAACCUCCUAGUGAAGAUGAAACUCCACUUGAAGGAGAUACUCGUGAUGAAAUUGCUGUUGACAGAUCUCCUGAAGAAAAUCCCCCUUCUGAUAUUUCUCCUUCUGAAGUAUCUCCUUCUGCUAGACUCCCAUCUGAAGUAUCUCCUUUUGAAGUGCUCCCCCAAGCUCCUGAUGUACCUAUGAACAUAUCUACUUUUAAAUUUGGAGAAGAUGCACAGGUUGGUCCAGAUUGGUCUGAGCCGGCUGGUGACCUGGCUCCAGUCGACUUCACCUUCCCUUUUCCAGAGGAACUGGAUUUGACUGGCCCUGAUGCACCUCCUGGAACAGAGGAUUCCGAUCCAGAUCCUGCUUCUGAGUCAGUUGACAGUAGCUCGGAUUCAGACUUAGCAGAAGGAGGAACAAGUCAAACAGAUAAGGGAAGACCUGGGUUGGCUGGAUCAGACACUUUGGAAAUAAAUCCUGAAGCUCCUGAGUUGGCUCCCAGCCCUGAUUCUCCUCCAACAGUCAAUGAACCAAGAUUAGAUUAUUCACCAGGUCAGAAGAAAGAAGAGCUGGAUUCAAGCCCUGAUUCUCCUCCAACAGUCAAUGAACCAAGAUUAGAUUCUUCACCAGGUCAGAAGACAAAAGAGCUGGAUUCAAGCCCUGGUUCUCUUCCAACUGUGACUGAACAAAGAUUAGAUUCUUCACCAGGUCAAAAGAAAGAAGAGCUUGAUCCCAGCCCUGAUUCUCCUCCAACAGUCAAUGAACCAAGAUUAGAUUCUUCACCAGGUCAGAAGACAAAAGAGCUAGGUUCAAGCCCUGAUUCUCCUCCAACAGUCAAUGAACCAAGAUUAGAUUCUUCACCAGGUCAGAAGACAAAAGAGCUUGAUCCCAGCCCUGAUUCUCCUCCAACAGUCAAUGAACCAAGAUUAGAUUCUUCACCAGGUCAGAAGACAAAAGAGCUAGGUUCAAGCCCUGAUUCUCCUCCAACAGUCAAUGAACCAAGAUUAGAUUCUUCACCAGGUCAGAAGACAAAAGAGCUAGGUUCCAGCCCUGAUUCUCCUCCAACAGUCAAUGAACCAAGAUUAGAUUCUUCACCAGAUCAGAAGAAAGAAGAGCUUGAUCCCAGCCCUGAUUCUCCUCCAACAGUCAAUGAACCAAAAUUAGAUCCUUCACCAGAUCAAAAGAAGGAAGAAGACAAAGACAAACGGAGGACAGAGGAGCAAACAGACAAAAAAGCUGCCGAGUCCAAACGCAAAGAAGCUUCAAAGAAAAAAGAGAAAGAUGAAAAAGAAUAUGAGAAAAAAGCGACCCAAAAGAUUCUGAUUCCGGGAGGACCAAAGACCAGUCAACUGUCCAAAAUUGCCUAUGUCACCUUCCAGGACUGCGAGUGUAACGCACACUCCAACCGCUGCAGCUUCAUCGACUUCCUGAACGUGGUGACGUGCGUGAGCUGUAAACACAACACGCGAGGAAACAGGUGCCAGUACUGUCGAUUGGGUUACUAUAGAAACGCAUCGCUGGCCCUGGAGGACCAGAACGUGUGUGUGGAGUGCGAGUGCGACGCCAGUGGCAGCUCGUCUCCACACUGCUCUCAGUCGGGAUCGUGCCAGUGCAAAGAGGGCGCCGCCGGGAGGCGCUGCGACUCUUGUCUGCCCGGGUACAUGUGGAGAGGGGCCGGAGUUGGAUGCACAGUCAACGUAUGCGACGAGACUCGGACUUGCCAGAACGGCGGGACCUGCGUGGACUUCGUGAGCUGCGAGUGCCCCAAAGACUUUGAAGGUGCGUACUGUGAGCAGAACGUCUGCUUGAAGAAGAACACUUGCCUCGGCGACGACGGGAGCUCCGCCUCGCCCGUGACCUCACGGCUCGUCGUGCUGAGCCUCGGCCUGCUGGUCUUCGCCUUUUCAUGACCCGCCCACCGUUGAGGAUGUUGUAACCCGGUGAUGCUGCGUAACCACGGUUACAGGAACGUAAGUUGACUGCAGAGGUGAUAAGAAAAAAAAACAAUAAAAUAUGAACGGGUCUCUUAGUCAUUGUGUUGGGAUCAAGGGUUGUCGAAUGUGUGUAUUUAUGUAUGAUGUGUCUACCGCUAUAUUUAUUGAUCGGCCCAGCCCUAUGGACGUACAGAUAAGUGGCAAUAAUGAUAGUAUUGCUGUUUUAAAUUAAAAAUAUCGAAAAACCGUGAUUGAUAACUGCCCUUUAAUAAACUCACAGACUGACUGGCGCCAGCUGGCUAGCUUAAAUGCUAACAUGAAAACAAGAGACAUUAAUGACGUUCCCCAAUCUAAACUUGUACAGACACAUUGCUGUCUGAGCAAGUAAGAUAUUAAAUUGUGCACAUUGUGUUACGUACGGCGGGGGAAGGAGACGACGCAACGGCAGGGAUCAGCUCAAUAGGUUUAUUGAAACUGACUCUGCUGUUACUUGGUGUGAAUGCUACUCUAUGUGGAUGGUGCAAGACGAUGUGAGGAAUUACCAAUGUGAAUGUUACCAGAGGUUGUUGUGUGUGCGUGUUGGAUGAGUCCUUCGACAGACCAGAGGAGGCAAGGCAAGAGGACAGUCAAUGGGCAAGGGAGAGGUCGGGGGCUGGAGAGAGGCGACGAUGUCCGUGUCCAAGCGGGGGUCGAGGAUCGAGGGAAGCAGCCCAAAGUCCGGUGGGAAGUCGAGGCACACAGCUCGAUCACGGGAAACAGAGGGAACACUGCGGGGAUCACAAAGGACAUAGGACGAGGGCAGAGGGAAAGCACAGAGAGAGCAAGUACGCGGAGGGAAGCCAGAGACGGGAUGCUUACUACGGGGAGUGAACUACGUUCCGGCACUGGAUCUUCGGGUCCGCUGGUCUUUAUGCUCUCUGCCCUCAUCAGACUCAGCUGCGCGGAUUGAUGAUGGCCUGCAGCCGUGCAGGUGCGUGGCCGCGAUGCGGGAAGAGCGAGCAGGGGCGUGUCCCGGCGCGCUUCUGGGAUUGCGCAUGCGCCGUGACACAUUGAACCUAAAGGCUGCGCUCUCUUAAAACAGCCAUGGUUCUAUACACGGAGAAAAGGAGACGGACUUGUACGGUGCGUUCAAGAAUCGCUGGACAGCGUAGGACACAACGCCCGGUAGAAAUAAUAAUAUUAGAUUUGAUUUGCGACACACUUUUCAUUGAAAUAAAUCUUAAAGUGCUACGGUACAAAGUAGACAUCGACUGAUAUGAGUUUUUCAGGGCCAAUACCGAUUAUUAGAAGUCAAGGAGGCCGAUCACCGAUAUUUGGAGAUUUUAUUCAUUUGCAGUAAAAGUUAUUUAAACAUGGAUUGUUUUUUUCAGCAAACAAUUGGACAAGGCUUUAAGUUGUUUUUCUUUGACAUAUUUCUAGGAAAGGUCGAAGCAGUUUAGCAUCAAAACUCUCAGGGGAUUUCACAAAC